AUGAAUCGACUUCCAUUUAAAACUAUAAUAUUUUCCCGAGUUCCAUGCAAAAUAUUUGGAAUAAUGCCAUAUGAAAUCUUAGAAGAUAUUCUCAUUGGCUUGGCAGACAACAAUGAGCGUGUCCUGGAAAACCUGUCAGUUCAUGCUGGCUGUUUCAAACAACCAAAGGUGAUAGAACUGAUGUUCUUAUUGGCAGAUCAUUGGUGCCAAGAUAGCACCACUAAGUAUCAGGCAGUGGAACUUCUUGACAGGUUCAUGAUCCUAUACAUAAAGCAGCUGUAUAAAUCCAGUACAGAAAAUAGGAAUGUGAUGGAUAUCACAGAGGCAUGGGCAUCCGCAAAAGCCAGUCUAUGCGAAAAGUUCAUACUGUACCUGGUGUCUUGUAUUCAGAUUACUAGCAAGAUGAAUUUCCACGAUCAUAUUUUCAAUAGUAAUGUGGUUAUCCAGCUUCUGAGAGCUGCAGGUUACUCUUAUAAAAAGGAAGAUUUAUUGAAGUCUGAGAUGACAGUGUUAAAAACGCUGGACUUUUAUAUCAACAUUCAAUCUCCUUUCACGUUUGUAGAGAUGUUAUUAGAAGUUCUAGGAUAUAAUGGCUGUUCUUUGCCACUAAAGCAUAUACAUGAUAUGUGUGUGAUGGUAUUGGACUUGGUUUAUUUGCUCAGAAACCCUAUUUAUCACACCUUACUCAAGUCAACUGUGGACCUGUCAACUCCAAGUAGUACACAGAGGAGCAAAUUUCUGGCUGUAAAGGAAGACCUAAUGCUUCUGGGUACUGGAGUCAUUGCAGCAAGCACCUUCAUAAUAAAUCAGAACUCUUGGAAACAGGUUUUGGAACAUUUAAGCAACAUCACAGGGAUCACAGAGAACUCAAUCUUUGAAAUAUGCUCAGCAAUACUGAAACAUUCCACAGGAUUCAAUGUAUUGACAACACAGUAA